AUGAAUGGUCGACGCUCGAUUAGCGUAGCUCCUCCGUUCGAGGCGCGCUCUUUCUCGGCACCUGCCCCUAGGUCUCCCACACCCAUGGCUCAGGCCGUUCCGUUGGCGGUGUCGUUUGACGGCCGUCUUGCAAAACCGCAAUUGUCGUGCUUUCGACCAUUAUGCGGUCUUCUCGAUCAGCUCCUAGCACGCUACGGCCGUCGAAAAGCCCAAGUGUCGAUUAGCAUUGUUAAUGAGUGCGCGAUCGUGUGCCUUUCGCUGUACCCUACCGCAGCCUGCCAACGGCGACACAUGUUUCUCAAUAAAAAACGCCCGACAUUUUCUAGACGCAACCGCCAGAUGAAAAACAACAGUAUCAUCGCAUUUAAUGAGCUUAAGAUACCCGACAGGAGACACCCGGCAGAAGAAUUGAGCACCACGAAAUGA